AUGCCGGUUCUACCGCUUCUUCCGCGAGAGCUGAUAGACGAGCUUGCCAAAAUUCCUCAGCUCUCGACGAAAACAAUACACAGCGAUGCUCCCUCUCUCGUAGUUCGACAGCGAGACUCCGCGACGACCACAUUCGUUGUCGUCCCCGAGACGUACGGCUCCCUCCACGAUUCUCUGAAACCGGGCGCCAUCGUCGGCAUCGUCAUUGCCUCGGUCAUCGGCUUCAUCUUGCUGCUGCUCGUCAUCUACACCAUCCUGGGCUUCGGCCCCGUCUCGUCACUCGUCCGCACGACAGACGUAACCGAGUCCAAGUCGUACGUCUCGCGCAGCAUGCUGAGCUCCCUCCGCAAGAGCGAGAAGCCCAAGAAGGUGCCUACGGCGCGCGGCGCCAGGGUGCUUUCGAUGCGCCGGGAACGUAGCACGAGAACGUCCAAGCGCAGGAGUGAGAGGAGGGGGAAAUCGCCCGUCGUAGUCGAUCCCAUGCGGAAGACGAGGGCGCCGUCGCCGCUGACGACAAUUUCCUCGUCCUCUGGAGGGCCCGGCCCGGCGCCCAGGGGGGACCCUCUGCCCUCGGACUACGAUGAGGAGAACGAGGUAGUCGUCAUUGAGGAGACCACGCCGUCUUCGAGGCGGCACAGCCGGAGAGCCGGCCACAGGAGUGGAGAGGGCCGGGGCAGGAGAUCGAGCAGCCGGCGAUCCAGUUACAGCGAGUACGACGACAGGAGAUACCGUCGCUGA